AUGACAAAAGACAAGCAAAACACGGAAGAUACGGAUCUCGACAUGGCAAAGAUCAAGUACAUCAGACCCAGCAAAAGCCAGGAGAAAAAGGCUGCAGCACCACUUGUACCAGAACCAGAACCAGUACCAGACACAAGCGAAAUGUCAGACGUGCCCUCAAACUUAGACCCAGAGUUGAAUGACGAUGAUUUCAAUUUCGCGGAUGACGGAGAUGAGGCAGAACAGCAGGAAGAUGAGGCAAUGAUCGGGGAGGACGAUGUCGAAGAGGAUCUCAUCGUACGCAAGACCCAACUUGGGGAAGGGGAGGAGACUGGCGGAGAUGAGGACGGAAGAGAAGAUGCACCUAUGAUCGACGAUGACGAUUCCGCCGACUCUAGCCACGAAGAGACCAAACAAGACCUACUAGAUGAGAUUUAUAAAAACUGGGUUGGCGUUACCUUGAGAGAUACCUUGCAGGAGAACGCCAAAGAGUCCUGGCUGAAAAGGAACACAAAUCUUCGCGACACAGACUGGAAUAUCGAGACCUUGCGUGCUUUCCGUGACCUCUCCCGGCUCACGAAAAACGACCACGACAAGGCAAAAGCGGCAGUUGCCAAGAGGCUGGGCUGGAGGAAACAUCGUGAUAAAUGGGAGAGAACUGGUGAGACACGCGAGGUCAAGGAACAAAGGCUGCGCGACGAUGUCAAUGCAAUCUGUGCGGAGCUAAGAGCAGAUGGACGAGGACCGGAAGACGAUGACGGCGACGAAGGCGAAGGGGAAGACGACGAACCGAAGGAGGGUACUAAGAAGAAAGCAAAGAAGGCUACAAAGGGUAAAGAAGGAGCUGCUGGGCCCCAGCCCACGAGAACACCGAGAGCGAGAGCUGCGAAAGCAAGGAAUGAUGGGACCAGUUCAGCUCAACCCGGCAAGGCAGCCAAGCGACAGCCGCGCACCAUGGUGGGAGAGGACAAUGAUGGGUUGAAUACGUUAGGCGAAGCGGCAGAUGACGAAGACUACGUGAAUGGCAAGCCAUCUAAGAAGCAAAAGAAAAAUGACCAGCAAGUGGCUAGCAAACGUAAUACCAGGGGGAAUACAAGGGAACGGGAAUUAGCUACCGAGCGACGACAACAAAGAGAAGAACGCCCAUCUACCCGAGAUAACCUCAUCAGCUCCCUGCUAACCGAACUGUCUGAAGAUGCCGAAGUUGAACAACAACCAGACUUCGACAUCAGGACCCCGACGCAGCGACACAACGCCCUCAGACAAAUCUACAGCAACUGGGGCAUCACUUCAUUGCUCGAUUACUUAGGAGAAGACCUCCAGCGUUCAGCGGCCGUAAGAAGCGAUAACGACAUUAAUCUGAUCGUCAUUACUCGAAUCCUGCAUCUAUCCAACAUGACCAAUACGAGAGAGCAAGGUGCUGCGGUGAGACAAGAGUUCGCAAGACAGCUGAGCCGGUCCAAAAAGCACACCACAGACACCCUUCUUGCCGUCAUUGCAAGAGUCACCGAACUGUAUCGUCUAGCAGCACAAUUGGCAAAUAACACCCGUUUACCGUCAGCACAGACUCGAACUACCGCAGCCAACGUUCUAGCACAAGCCAGAGCAGAUGGCACAGAUAGAGCAGUACUACGCGACCCAGCGAGACCGAACACCGAACACCGCAUCCCCCGUCCCGCCACAGAAGCAGAGCUACGAAGCUCAUUAAGCGCCAUGGACUUCCGAGACGCGAACACGUGGGUACUUCAAUGCAGGCGCAGGCUAGCCUACCUACGCGGCAUCGGUGUGUCUAGCGAUGAAGAUGAGUCGCAGUUGGAAAACGCGAUUGGGCUGCGAGAUCGUAUCGAGGGGGCUAUGGAUGUUGAUCGUUUGAGGGACCGUAUACAGGAAGGACGGAGGAGAGAGGAGAUGGAUGGGGAAGGCGCGGAGGAACGGAGUGGUGAGGGGGUACGGGCAGAGGGUGCGAAUGAGCAGGGUGAACAGAGAGCUCCGGUGAAGGUUGCGGGCGAUGGGGAGGCUGAGGCGCAGGGUGGAGAGCGGGGACAGGAGGGAGAAGGGGAUGAUGUAGAGGGUGGUGGGGGAGCCCAGGCAGACGGGCAAGGCGAUGGCAAUGAGAAGGGUGAAGGGGCCGAGAUCGGCAGUGGAGGCGAGAAGGAGACGGAGCAAUAG